AUUUAUUUUUGUUUAAAUGUUUCUCUUUUUCUUUUUCUUUCUCUUUUACUUUAAACUACAGAAAUGAGAUUAAUUAUUCGUGAAGACUAUGAUGAAGUAUCUGAAUUUGUUGCUAACUAUAUCAAAGAACGUAUAAGACAGUUUGAACCUACUUCAGAACGACCUUUCGUUCUCGGUCUUCCAACAGGAUCAUCACCGAUUGGCGUCUAUAAACGUCUUGUCUCCCUCUGUAAGUCUGGUAAACUCUCUUUUCAAAACGUAGUUACGUUCAAUAUGGACGAGUACGUUGGCCUUCCGAGGGAUCAUCCUGAAUCCUAUCAUUCCUUCAUGUGGGAACAUCUCUUUAUGCAUGUUGAUAUAAAGCCCGAAAAUGUUCAUAUCUUGGACGGUAACGCACCUGACUUGGACGAAGAAUGUAAAAAGUUUGAGACCGAGAUUGCACGUGUGGGUGGCAUUGAAUUAUUUUUGAGUGGUAUCGGUCCAGACGGUCACAUUGCCUUUAAUGAACCCGGUUCAAGUUUGACGAGUAGGACGAGAGUCAAGACGUUAGCUUAUGAAACAAUUAUUGCAAACUCAAGAUUUUUUGAUGGAGAUGUAGCUAAAGUACCCAAGUUAGCAUUAACAGUAGGUGUGGCGACAGUGAUGGAUGCUCGUGAGGUACUUGUGAUAAUUACAGGAGCACACAAGGCUAUUGCAUUGGCUAAAUGUAUUGAAGAAGGAGUAAAUCAUAUGUGGACUGUGUCUGCUAUUCAAAUGCAUCCUAAGGGCUUAAUUGUAUGCGAUGAAGAUGCUACUCUUGAAUUACAUGUCAAGACUGUUAAAUAUUUCAAAUCAAUUGAACAUGUUCAUCAAUCUUUAAUUGGUUCUGAAAAUCUAUCACUUCAAGGUGGUGUUAAACAAUUAAAAAAUAUAAUAUCUUCCACUAAUAAUAGACCUACGACUCCAAUGGAGUAAAAUAAAAUUAUAAAAAUUUAAUAUUGAAGUAGUUUUAUUAUAUAAAAUGGAAAUUGC